AUGGAGAAGUAUCAAGAUGUAUAUAAGUUACAUAGCAAGAAACUGUACGGUGUCUGUAAAUAUUUGUUUAGAUAUGGUGUGAAGGAAAUUACUCACAAAGGAGAGAAGCAGGUUUUGGUAAAAUUGACCUACACACCGAAAAUGGAAACGCUGCAACAAAAGUUUGGCAAUUUACCUGUUACUUAUUACAGAUUACCUAUAGAAAAUGAGGAGGAACUUAGUCUCCUCAAGGAGGCCUUCUGUGAUUUUAGGUUUGGACAAAAGGAAAUUGAGGAGAAGAUGAUCGAACAAGGUAGUAGCAAUACACAACUUCAAAUCUUACCACCUCCUUUACCUUCAGUACAAGAAGAUCCACAAGCUAACUUGGGGAAAGCCUCUUCAGCAUCGUCAUCGUCAUCAUCAUCAUCAUCAUCAUCGGUGACAACAGCGAGACGGCAAGUAGGAAAAAGGAAAGUGGUAAAAGAUAUGGAAGAUAACACCAAAAAAUUUAAAAAUAUAGAAGCGUCGCAACAGUCUCAGUUUCUAUUUGAAAAUGAAUGUAUUGAAAUUUAUGAUGACCCAGAUUUAUUGUAUUUAAAUUCGCAGAAGAAGUUUAUAUAA